UCUGCAGUGUGUUGCGUGACUCUUCCGUAACAAGCACACAGCAACGAGUAAACAGUGUCAUGUAUAAAGUGUAGGGAUCCUUACUCUACAGUUAAACAUACCUCUUGAACUUGCUUUGACGACAACCAAAGAAAAAUCACAAAAUGAAGAUUUUAUACCUGUGUGUCUUGGCAGCUUGUGCAUGGAUGUCCGAGUCAAUCGUACGGUAAGAUACACAGCAAUACUGAGCUCAAGGUUGUCCAUACGGAUAUCACAGUCACUCAGUUGGGAAUAUAUGUGUUAGUUUCUUCAGAAAAGAGUAGUGGAUUUAUUUACAUAUGAUUUCAAACUUGACAUUGUCUAAAUGCUGCUGUAAUUAUAUAUCAAUUAUGCUGUGUUAUAAGGAGAUUACUGCAGAUGAGGGUGAAAUUAUACUGGUUUACAAUGUGGGGUUGUGGGUUUAAUUCCCACUGAGGACCAGUAUGAAAAGUAUGAUGGUGAAUGCACUCAUUUAUGUGCAUCUGUUCAAUGAAUUAAAUAUACUAACAAGACUGGAGAGCUUUUCAGUUCAUGCAUUUUUAAGGGAGCCUUGACAAAGUUCCUAGCGGCACUGAAUAACUUCUGUGUUUGUUUCUAAUAUAGUAUUCCCCUAACAAAGUUCAAGUCCUUCAGAGAAACUAUGUUUGACCAAGAAAGGGAUAUAAAUUACCUUCUUGAUUCCCACUACGACACCUUUGAUGAUGAUGGUGCCACUGGGCGCAGCAAAGUGAUCCUGAAGAACUAUGAUGAUGCUCAGUUCUACGGAGAUAUUGGUCUGGGAAGCCCACCUCAAAUUCUCCGGGUGUCUUUUGACACUGGAUCCAAUUAUCUCUGGGUGCCUUCAAAAAAAUGCUCCAUCACUGAAGUCUCAUGUUUGAUUCACCGGAAAUACAAUGAAACAAUGUCCAGCACUUACAUCAAGAAUGGAAAACAAUUCUCAGUGUACUAUGGAAUGGGAAAUGUUGCUGGCUAUCUCAGUCAGGAUACAUGCAGUAUUGGAAGUAUAUCCAUAAAAGGUCAGGUGUUUGGUGAGGCUGUCAAGAUGAAUGGUGCAAACUUCGUUGGUGCUAAGUUUGAUGGGGUUUUGGGAAUGUCUUACCCAACCGAUGUUGGCAUGACACCUGUCUUUGACAACAUAAUGAAAGAAAAGCUGUUGGAGAACAAUGUUUUCUCCUUCUACCUGAACCACAAGAUCUCUCCAAACCAGCUUGGGGGACAGCUGGUGUUGGGAGGGACUGACCCUGCCUAUUACACUGGGGACUUCCACUAUGUUAAUGUGACCAGAAAGGAACUGUGGAACAUCCAUGUGGACAGGGUUAGCGUCAGAGAUGUCACACUGUGUACAAGUGGCUGUGAAGCGGCUGUGGACACUGGCACCUCCCUGAUCUUGGGCCCCACCAAUGAGAUCAGUGCUCUGCAGAGGGCUGUUGGAGCUGUGCCCUGGAGCGGUGGAAAGUAUGUGGUUGCUUGUGAGAAAGUAUCAUCCCUUCCCAUGGUCUCCUUCACCAUCAGUGGAAAGGUCUACCCUCUGACUGGAGAACAGUACAUUCUUAGGUGGACUAGUAAGGGCAAGAAGAUCUGCCUUUUGGGAUUUCUCGCCACAAGCAUCACCGAGUGGAUUUUGGGAGAUGUCUUCAUUGCUGCUUACUACACCGUGUUUGACCGGGACAGCGAUAGGGUGGGAUUUGCCAAAGCCAUAUAGAUGCAGUUUACUGUCACCUGCAGAAAUUUGCAGGUGAGAUGAGCAAAAUGACUGUUUAAAAUAAAGAAUAGAAAUACUGGGCUAUAAUAUAGAAUCAGGGGUUUAGAAUUACGGGGGAUAGGGGUUCAUGGCCAUAAUACAAUUUGCUCAGAGAAAUAUAAUUUGUGUCUAAAGAUUUUGCACCUUCACGCUCCCGUUGCAAUGAUUACAUCCUUUUGACUUUUUUGUAAAGAUUUAUGAAAUUGGGUGUGGUUGUCUACUUAAAGAGGAAGUGGUGAAAUGUGCCCAGAGGCCCUGCCUCCUUUGAUUUUGUUUGUCAUUAUCCCAGGUAUCACUGACAUUGCACGUCAUAGCACGUAUAAAAUGGCUGGAAAUUAUGGUUACAGAUACAACUUUUCUUUUAACCCUAUGACCAAAUGUAUAGUAUUGAAUGGAAUUUGCUGUAAAUCUUUUUUUACCUCUGCUUUGGUACAAUUGAUAAUCCACCAAAAAAAUCAAUCAAUGGUUCAUUCAGACAUGCUCAACCAAAGUCAUAGGUGAACUAAUUUCCUGUGCUAUUCUUUUUAUCUCACGCGAGUGGUGUUCUGAUUAUGAGCGUUGUCCCUGAAGAAUCUUUGAUAAAAUGGAUCCCUGGCCCCAAAACAUUUAAGAAGAUCUUAGAGUAUGUGAGCACCUUUUCAGAUAAGACGGGUGAAAAUAAUUAUUUCUGAAAAAGACUACAGUACCUGACUUUACAAGCUGUUAACAUGUUGAAUCUUGAUGUUGACGCUUGUUAGAAGGGGUAUUGUUAGAAGUAAUCUGGUUUCUAUCCAACUCAGGCCUGUUAGUAGCUACACGAGGAAGCGUUGCUCAUUUAAUAUCACCUUGAAUUGCCCAUCUGAUAUGAGCUCUUGAAACAGUGGCCUUGCAAUUAUUCAUUUGAAUUUUAUUGAAAUACAGGUCUCACAAUCACAUGCUGACAUACUGAUCAUAUCUGAAUCCUGGUUUUGUGUCUCUGUCCUAGACUCAGGAAUUGCCAUGUAUGUUAAAUGCAACGUGGAUGUAACUGUUUCCAUCUCAACCUCUGUCCCAAAACAGUUUGCUUAGUUCUGAAAGUGGUCCUUGGUCAUAAUGCACUAUGAACGCUAGCGGGAGUUUAUGGCCCACCCUCAGCUCCGGUAUCUGCUCUAUGCAAAUUGUUUGAGUUAAUGUAUAGUUAUGCUAACUCUGAAUUAGUGAUUAUCUGAGAUCUCAAUCUGCACUGGCUAAUGCUGGCAUUGCUUAAUCUGAAAGACAUUUGUAUCAAACUAAAUCUUAAUAAAAAAAAUACACCUCACAAAUAUACACUGCAUGCACAAGUAUUAGGCAAGUGAG